UUUUAUUUUAAUACGUUAAUAAUAUUAAUAUUGGCAUCGUGUAACAUUUGUAUUUUUCAUUUAGUACUUUAGCGAUGUUUAUCCUUAACUAUCUGUUUUGUAGGAAGAUCUUUUCCUUUAGAAUGUCAGCGUUUAAUGAUUCCAAAGGUUUGGGGGAGUGGGUUUGCCUAAAGAUAAAAAAUCGGUCAUUAGGCAAACAUUUUUUUUCCAAUUACGUAAUGAUGUCUGAUACAAAAACAAGGUUAGCCGUAGGUCAUUUUUCAAGGAAUAACAGACUGGUCUGUUUGACACGAGUAACUGCUGAAGAAGCAAUAAUCAAAAAAGAUGCCAGAAAACGUUGAUCGUCCUGGACUUCUUGUUGGAGCAAUAGAUGAAGGCACGAGCAGUGCUCGAUUUUUGGUCUUUAAUGUAUUCCGGAGAGAAGUAGUGGCAGCACAUCAAAUUGAGAUAAAGCAAAAGUAUCCACAAGAAGGAUGGGUUGAACAAGACCCCAAAGAAAUAUUGGAAGCUGUUAUAGAGUGUAUCAACAAAACACUAGAAAAAUUAAAAGCCUUGGGUUUCGAUAAAUCAGAUAUAAAAGCUAUUGGAAUUACUAAUCAGCGGGAGACUACUUUGGUAUGGGACAAGAGUACAGGAGAACCGUUACACAAUGCAAUUGUUUGGCUGGAUAUGCGCACGACCACUACCCUGGAAGACAUUUUGGAUAGUAUUCCAAAUAAAACCAGGAACAAAAAUUAUCUCAAGCCACUUUGUGGACUUCCUUUAUCUCCUUACUUCAGUGCUUUAAAAAUUCGAUGGCUAAUCGAUAAUGUUCCCAAGGUAAAACAAGCUGUGGAUGCUGGACGUUGUGCAUUUGGAACAGUCGAUACUUGGUUAAUUUGGAAUCUUACUCGAGGAAAACUUCAUGUUACUGACGUUUCUAAUGCUUCAAGGACAAUGCUAAUGAACAUCGAGACAUUGAAAUGGGAUCCUUUGCUUUGCCGUUUCUUUGGUGUCUCCCAAGAUAUGCUUCCUGAGAUACGUUCCAGUUCCGAAAUGUAUGCUGAAAUUUCGAAUCCAUCAGUUCUGGCAGGAAUUCCCAUAGCAGGAUGUAUUGGUGAUCAGCAAGGAGCUCUUUUAGGUCAGUUAUGCCUAAAAGCAGGUCAAGCGAAGGCUACUUAUGGUACUGGCUGUUUUCUUUUGUACAAUACAGGACACAGGAAAGUGGACUCAUCCCAAGGCCUUAUCACUACCGUUGGGUACAAGAUUGGCACCUCGCCAGCAGUCUAUGCUCUUGAAGGAUCAGUUGCAGUAGCUGGUGCUGCACUGUCUUGGCUUCGUGACAAUAUACAGCUAAUGAGUAACAUCACUCAAACUCAGGAUCUCGCAGAACGUGUGCGAUGUUCCGGGGAUGUAUACUUUGUCCCAGCAUUUUCUGGUCUAUACGCUCCCUACUGGCAGCAAGAUGCUCGCGGAGUAAUUUGUGGAAUCACAGAAGACACACAACAAUAUCAUAUUAUCAGAGCAGCCUUGGAAGCUGUGUGUUUCCAAACAAGGGAUAUUCUUGAAGCAAUGGUCAAGGAUUCAGGCACGAAACUAAUGACUCUUCAAGUUGAUGGUGGAAUGACUGUCAAUAAUCUUCUGAUGCAGUUGCAAGCGGAUUUAACUGGAAUUGCCGUUGUGAGACCCAACAUGGUAGAAACUACUGCACUGGGUGCUGCUAUUUUGGCUGGAAUUGGAGCAAGUCUGAUCGAUAUCAAUGAAAUUACGGCAGACCAAAUAACAACCUUCACCCCUCAAAUUGGCGAAGAUGAAAGGGACCUUCGUUAUUCUAAAUGGAAAAUGGCCGUGGAACGGUCGAUGAAGUGGGAUUGUUCGACAAGCUUAGUAGAUGACAACUAAACAAUAAGAAAUCUCACCUUAUAGACAACCGCAAAUUACGGUCUUUAAAACUUUUACAUUAGAUAUAAUAUCUAGGUAUUAGUCUUAUAUUAUAUUUUAGUAGGGUAUAGGGUUUCUAACGGGUCCAAAAAUCGUGCAAUAUUAAUUUUUCCAAGAGAAAAGAAUGUAAGUGCAAAAUUUAUUAUUGGAAAUGAGAGUUUAUCAUUUUAAUUGUUAUCUUCCAAUUAUUUAAGGGAAGAAUAUGUAUUACGUAAAAGACUGAUUUGCAAAUUUAUGGAAAUGGUCAAAUAAAUGAAACCUUUAUUCAGGUAAACAACUUAUUGUAAUCAUAGAGUAAAUCACUGCAAGUGAUUUUUUGUUAAUAUAUAUUUGAAAGAAUGAACGACUGAUGUGAUAUAUGAAGAAAUACAUUAGUGCGUGAUAAAAUCCUUAUAUUGUUCUAAUACAUAUUGCAUUGUUUAUUAUUAAUAUAGUUUUUAACGUUUGCUAGUCGGAGAAGACUUGGUAUUUCGCUUAAAAAAUUUUCUCGAUGUAUUCUUGGUUGGUUGUUUCGGUGGGCUCUCAGUAGCCUUUAACAAAUUUUCGAAACGUGUUUCACUGCUGGGAAACUAUAGACGAAAAGGGGAAAUAAAACAAAUUAACGAAUAUUUUUAACUUUA